GUUCGACAGAGAGAUUCACAUCACUUGAAGAUCUCACUUUGCACUCUUGACAAGCCUCUUGGUUCAGACUCUCAAUCAGGAUGAAGUGUGCUAUGAUGUUCCUGGUGUUGACGCUGGUGGUCCUCAUGGCUGAACCUGGGGAGGGUUUCAAAUUUUGGCAUCAUGUCGGUCAUGUAUUGAAUGCUGCCAAAAAAGUCCAUGGAAUGUUGACCGGAGAAGAACUUGAAGCGAUGAAAGCGCAGGAAGCGAUGGAAGCGCAGGAAGCGAUGAAAGCGAUGAAAGCGAUGAACGCGCAGGAAGCGAUGAAAGCGAUGAACGCGCAGGAAGCGAUGGAAGCGAUGAAAGCGCAGGAAGCGAUGGAACAACGUGCGUUCCAACAAGAGAACGACUUUGCCUGAGUCCAUGAUGGUCCAUCUGAAAAAUAAAUGCUUUCUUCUGCUUUUUUCUUCAACAUAAAAAUGUAAUCAACCUAUCUGUUUUAAAUUGAUCUUCUUCUCAUUUGGAAUAAAUCUGCAUUGCAUUACACAAA